GACUAUUUCUGCUGCUUGUCGGUGGGAUUUUGCUACGAUCUUCGCAUUGGCAAUAUCACUUUAUUGGGCUAUUGACAGAACAAUUCUAUCUUCUUUCAGGACCAUUGUGCAACUAUUAUAAGCAUCAAAUGUUCUUCACUAUCCUGACAGUAGCCAUAAUUUCCCUGACAAUAGACCUGUAAUAAUUCUCCCAAAACCCUCGUGCACUCAUCCUUAUCUCUCUCUCUCUCUCUCUCUCUCUCUGUCCUCUUGUCCCUAUUGGAUCUAGUGCUUCUACGCUUUCUUUCCCAGAUAAUUAGAGUUGGAAAGGGAAUAGAAACCGAAGAUCAAUGUUGUAAUGGAUCACAUGAAUCGAGGAGAUAGAGAUUUCUAUGUCGAUCUUGAGAGUGGUGGGGCUAGUUGUGAAGACGUGGGAAGUACAUACCCUGUUUUGGGUACCAAAAUAUCAAAUACUCUCACAAAUAUCUUUGGUGGGCUUCUAAGCAUUGAUGGAUCGAUCAAAGGAAAAAAAGAAACGAUCUUGAGUGGAAAUAUAUCAGAAGUCGGUGGAAUUGCUUUGGAGAAUGGAAAAUUUUUAAUAGACAAGAAGGUUGAAGGGGAUGAGGCUGUGGAUCUUGUGGAGGUUAAAUCAGGGAAGGAGAGACGUAAAACAAGUGGUAAAAAGCCUCCCAGACCUCCUCGACCUCCCAAAGCUCUAUCAUUGGAUGCUGCUGAUCAGAAGCUAAUCAAAGAGAUCUCAGAACUAGCUAUGGUCAAAUGUGCAAGGAUCAAGCGAAUGAAGGCAUUGAAGAAGAUGAAAGUUGAAAAGGCAUCAACAUCAACUGGCAACUUAUUUGCCAUGAUGUUCACCAUUAUCUUCUGUCUUAUCGUAAUCUUUCAAGUAAUGUCCCCUGGAAGAAGUUCACCAGUAAGCUUCCAGGGUUCCCCAGAAUCGAUUCAAGCAGCCAACUCCGGUUUUGCCUCGGUUGGCUACCACCAGAAUACAUCUGCAAGUGAUGCCAGUAAUUUUGGUUCUGGCUCACCAAUUUUGGCGGAGCUGGUUUUUGGUUCAGAUCCUGUGCUGAGGUGAGAUAAGAUGCAGGAUGAAAUGGUAGAUCUAUGGGAAUUGAAUUGUAAGUUCGUAGCCAGUCUAUAAUGAAGAAUGGUCCUUGCAGUUGUGCCAACCGAUCUUAACAAUUCGCAGCUUCUUCACCAUUGUUUGUUAAUCAAGAUCAUGGGGCGAGUUAAAAUACCACACAUGCUCGGGUAUAUGAAGGAUUGAAUUGUUGCCUUGACAACCAACCUGGCCAAAUUGUUUUGCCACGGUUUUGCCUGUGAAGGUGGUGUGCAGGUGUUUUCCAAGUGUUUGGCUCUGCAAAUUUUAGAGAGAAUCACUAGAUGUUACCCAUUUUCUUGUUUGUUGAAUGUGUAUUUUAUAUUAUUCAGAUUCAGCCAGGAAGCCAAAUUAGUACCACCACUGAUGCUUGUUCUAUAGUAAUCAAUUUUUAUUGAACAAUGGAAGCUAAUUUUUUGUUCUAAUGAAUCAUAUGAUGACAAUGUCGUGUAUACAUUGUUUGACAUCUCCAA